AAAAAAAUGACUAAAUUAAAAUCAAACAUCAUAAUUUUUGUUAAAUUAGAGGUAUAGCAUAAGUAUUCAGUAGACUAAAAAAAUAUUAACUGGAAUCAAACAUCCACGAUGCUGACACGGUUCAACAAAAAGACCUUGACCAUCAAGCCAUGGGCAUGUAUCAUGUGAAAUGAAACAUGUAAAUGUACCUUCUACAUUUAAAUGCCCCCAUUCCCUCAUUUGUCAAAGAUAUAAAUGAUUAUAAAUAUCCCUCCUUCCCUUAUACUUUGGUCCUCCAACAUAAUUUACCAAAUAUAGUCAAAAAAAUAUUUCCUUAACAUUUACUUCUCACUUUCUUUCUAAAAAGAACAAAGACAUGAAAUCCUCACUUGGUGCCUACAAGUACUAUAAUAUGUUGGUAUUACUUAUGUUAGUGUUGCUUACUACUGCCGCAGUUACUACUCAUUCCAAACCAAAACAUUAUAUGUCAGCUAAAUUACAUAAAAGGACAGCCGUCAAUGAGGAUCAAAGUCACUCCAACCGAAAGGGGCUAGACAAAGAAGAGUUGGGGAGAGAAGUAUACCCUAUGGGGUCAAGUUUGCCAGAUUGCUCACAUGCUUGUGGAGUUUGUUCCCCAUGCAAGAGGGUAAUGGUUAGCUUCAGAUGUGCUUCUGAGUCUUGCCCUAUUGUUUACAGAUGCAUGUGCAACGGCAAAUUUUUCCACGUCCCUUCUAACUGAUCUACUCCAUAGCUUCUUUCUUCCCAGUACUGUUUUAAUGCUUUCAUUUAACUAUGCUUGUCAGAAAGUUCCCCAAAACAAAAAAAAAAAAAAAAAAAAAAAAAAAUUAAAAAAAAAAAUAACUUGAAAAAUAUGAGCUUAUCAUAGUUAUUUUGAAGUAAUAUUAUAUAUUUGUGUUUUAUUAAUGCUUUAACUAGGGUUGUACUUGUACUCAUCAUGUUUCUUGUUCAUCAACUGAAUUAUUCCUGUUUUUAUUGACAUAUUAAAGAUAAGUGGUUGCUUAUAAGACUAGGGUUGUGCUCGUUUCGAAACAAGAGCAUAGUCGUUUAAAGUACGGUGCGCACAG